GUUCUCUUAAUACCGUUGUCGAGUAACCCUUACCUUGCUCAUGUUUCCCUCUUUGCUCCUCUUGCCAGUCCGUUCCUCGUUUGUGUCACUCGACUGCUUCGUUAUCGACUGCUGGACAGCGGCAACGGGACAACAACACUCGCUCUGGUAACAAGCAGCUGGGUCGUGCUUUGGAAAUCAAGAACUUUGGACGUUGAGCUUGCUCGGCUUGGUAUUCCGAAAUGGACAACCGGGAUACGCUCGGCCUCAGCAUGGCGUUGCCUCCACCUCCCCUUCCGACUAAGGAUCGUACUUCCAAGGAACCCUCCGGGACGUCUUCUGCAAGUCCACCAGACACAAUGCCUCCUACAAGCACGACACCACCACCACCAAACAGACCGCUACCACCAACACCAAGACCAAAGAAGGGCACAGCACAUAGCCAAUCUGGCUCUAUAUCAAGCACCUUUAGCUCCCCAAGAAGCCCGCCGCCGACUCGACCACCACCCUUGAAAUCGCAAGCUUCGCUGUACACGAUCUCGCCAACACGGCCGGAAACGGCAUCAUCACUGGGGAAGAAAGCUGGGCAUUCAAGAUUACACACGCAAUCGUCGUGGACAUCUCUAGCUUCGACCACAAGGACUAUCAAAUAUGGGCGAGGCAAGCACAGUGGCGUUGAGCUGGUACCGCAACCAAGCGAUGAUCCUGAAGACCCAUUGAACUGGCCCCGCUGGCGGAAGGAGUUCAGCUUUUAUGCUCUGCUGCUGAUGGUAGCUUUAACUGGAGUUAUGAAGACAGCCUUCAUCAGUGUAAAUGCUCAGGCAGCUGAUGGGUAUCGUGUAUCAUACACUGCCGCCGCGGCUUUGACCGGUGUCCCCUUGAUUCUAUCCGCCUUUACUGGGCUCGUCAGUCUUGUGACGUCGAGAAUAUGCGGCAAAAGACCGCUAUACCUCAUCUCAUUAUUACUGUUAUUCAUUGGUACCAUAUGGAACACCAGCGUGAGGACCAGCUACAGCCAAUGCCUGGCCGCAAGGGUUUUUCAAGGUUUGGGAUGGGGUGCAUUUGAUAGCUUGGUCCAGAGUUCCAUUUACGAUAUGUUCUUUGAACACGAACGCAACCUUCGGGUUUCCAUCUACACCAUUGUCGUCAUCACAACUACAUGGGGGGCACCACUACUUGGUGGGGUAUCCUCGCGAGGCCAGACUGGGUUCGAGUUGCAGUUCACAAUUCUCAGCUGCUUUUUGGUCCUUGCCGUGCCGGCCAUUACCCUCGGUGUGCCCGAGACAGCAUAUGACCGCACUUAUGCACUACCUCGGAUUGAUGAGGGUAGUGAAAGUCCGUACAAGGCGUCCAUGUGUCAGGGUAUCCGACGGGACCGUAUCUUCGAUACUAUCAACAACUACAUCGUGAAGAUGAAGCCAUACUCCUACACACGUGGAUCGGCAGAUUCGGCCACUCUGCUCCAAGCACCUCGUGCCUUCAUCGCACCUACUACCCUUAUUCUCUUCUUCACAUCUUUCCUCCCAUACUCCUCACUAUGGGCCUUCAGCUCGUCUCUCUCCCUCCUGUUCCACUCCGCCUAUACUACAACCACCAUCGGCGUCCUCAUGACGGGUCCCUGGCUUCUCGCCACCGCUACAACGGUCAUCUUUACGCUCCUACCGCUCUUCCUACCUCGAUUACAGUCACAGUUCCCCGUCUUUGCCUCCAUACCAAUACAGUUCAAUAACAAGGUCAACACGGCCGCCAUCACGGCUGGUCCCCUCCUCGCUUUCAUCGGCGUCCUCGCCUUUGGCCUUCAUACCGACGCGGGCAUCAACAAUGAGAAGAUCUCGAGUAUCAACCUCUCAGCAAUCAGCUUCACCCUUGGUCUCCUCGCCACCGGGGCGUACGUCCUUGACGCCAUCUCCCGUCCCUUGAUCCAGAUGAGCAUGGCGUCGACGUCCUCGUCCAACAACCAGACCGUGGCUACCAGGACCGCAAACGACAUGGCGGCCGGCGUGGGGUGCUGGAGGACUCUGUUUGCCGGGAUCCUCGUCAUUGCAGUCCCUAGUAGUAUCUCGUGUCCGAGUAGCGGCGCGGUUCUGUCUUCAGGGCAUGGACUGAGAGAUAUGUGUAUUGGGUUUGCGGUGGCACAAGCAGUGAUUGCCGCUGUAGUGGGGGGCGUUUGGUGGUUCUACGGUGAGGAGGUAAGGAGGUGGGAUGGGAGGGUGAUGGAGUUGGUGGAUUCGGGGGCGGCGGGCAAGGGAACGAGGGGAAGGGAGGUGAGCUUCUUUGAUACUGAUUAACUCAAGGACAAACUCAACUGGCUUGGAUGAAGGAAAGGGUAAAUGACUGCGACGAGUAAUGACGAUCAUGGGUACGGUAUGGGCAUUGGACAUAUAGGACACUCAU